AUGAGGAAAACUUCUAAAUUCACUACUUUUUCUUUACUAUUUUCUCUGGUUUUGCUGAGUGCUGCCUCGGCGCAGAAUUGUGGUUCACAGGGCGGAGGCAAAGUUUGUGCAUCGGGACAAUGUUGCAGCAAAUUCGGGUGGUGCGGUAAGACCAAUCACCAUUGUGGUUCUGGCAAUUGUGAAAGUCAGUGUCCAGGUGGCGGCCCUAGUCCUGUUACUGGUGGGGACCUCGGAAGCGUCACCUCAAAUUCUAUGUUUGAUCAAAUGCUUAAGCAUCGUAACGAAAAUUCUUGUCAAGGAAAGAAUAAUUUCUACAGUUACAAUCCCUUUAUCACUGCUUCUAGGUCUUUUCCUGGCUUUGGUACAAGUGGUGAUAUCAAUGCCCGUAAAAGGGAAAUUGCUGCUUUCUUUGCCCAAACCUCCCAUGAAACUACUGGAGGAUGGCCUUCCGCACCUGAUGGACCAAAUCAAUGUUUCAAAAGAGCAAAGCCAGAAUAUCUCAAGACGAGCUCUGAAAUUAUUAUUCACCUUUCUUCCUUAAAGACCCAGUUUCGAUGGACUUAUGGUGUUCUAGUGAUGGUGAAAACGCACAGAAUUGUGGUUCACAGGGCGGAGGCAAAGUUUGUGCGUCGGGACAAUGUUGCAGCAAAUUCGGGUGGUGCGGUAACACUAAUGACCAUUGUGCUUCUGGCAAUUGUCAAAGUCAGUGUCCAGGUGGCGGCCCUGUGUCUUAUUAUGUGUAUUUUCACAUUUAAAAACAGCAACUACAACUAUGGGCCAUGUGGAAGAGCCAUCGGAGUGGACCUUUUAAACAAUCCUGAUUUAGCAGCCACAGAUCCAGUCAUCUCAUUCAAGACAGCUAUCUGGUUCUGGAUGACCCCUCAAUCACCAAAGCCUUCUGGCCACGAUGUCAUUAUUGGAAGAUGGAACCCAUCUGCCGGUGACCGAUCAGCCAAUCGUCUUCCUGGAUUUGGUGUCAUCACAAACAUCAUCAAUGGUGGCCUAGAAUGUGGUCGUGGUAAUGACAACAGGGUACAAGAUCGAAUUGGGUUUUACAGGAGCUAUUGCAGAAUUCUUGGAGUUAGUCCUGGUGACAAUCUAGAUUGCGGCAACCAAAGGCCUUUUGGCAGCUAAUUCUAUGGAAUAACUUUUCAUUAUAUGUUUUGUUGUAUUCUCGCACAAUGCAAGGAUCAACGAUAAAAUGAAGUUAUAAUAAUAUGAUUGUAGUUUUAUUAGUACCAUGGCUAUAUAUAUAGUCGUGUUCAAUAAUAAAUAAAGAUUUUUAUCUAGGAUACAUAUAUCUCA